AUGGGUAUCGAUUUAGUCGCCGGAGGUAAGAGCAAGAAGACCAAGCGCACUGCACCUAAGUCCAAUGAUAUCUACCUCAAACUUCUCGUCAAGCUGUACCGGUUUCUGGUGAGGAGGACGGGGAGCAAGUUCAAUGCGGUGAUUCUGAAGAGGUUAUUCAUGAGCAGGGUCAACAGACCCCCUCUGUCACUUUCACGUCUCGCUGCUCUCAUGAAGGGCAAGGAAAACCAAAUUGCUGUGUUGGUUGGGACUGUGACUGAUGACAUUCGGGUUGAUGAGAUCCCUGCUAUGAAGGUUACUGCCCUCAGAUUCACUGAGACAGCUAGGGCUAGAAUUGAGAAGGCUGGAGGAGAAUGUUUGACUUUUGACCAGCUUGCUCUCAGGGCUCCUCUUGGACAGAACACGGUGCUAUUGAGGGGUUCGCGUAAUGCCCGUGAAGCUGUGAAGCACUUUGGGCCAGCUCCUGGCGUGCCACACAGCCACACAAAGCCAUACGUUCGAGCAAAGGGAAGGAAAUUUGAGCGUGCCAGAGGAAGGAGAAACAGCCGUGGUUUUAGAGUUUAA